CGAGCCCGCGCUAACCCCAGCGCUGGAGCUGCUCUGACGCCGGCUGCAACAGCCAUUCUCCUCUCGCAGCAGCAUGGCUGGUCCGGCUCCGGCCAUUUGCCUCGGGGGUUCUUCCCGGCCCUUCAACUUCUUAAGAACCUUUCGGCCACGGUGGUAUGAGAUCUCGCGAGCGCUGCCGACCUCUUGUCUUUCGCGAGAUCACCUUCCCUCUUCCUCCUUCUCCUCCUAGUCGCCUCGGCAACUGCAGAGAUCUCGCGAACUUCUUGCCCAGGGCUUGCUUCACUGAGACCUAUUACGCAGGAUGUCUUAAGAUAUCGCGAGAAAUCUUACUCUAGUUUCUUACUAAGAACCCUGAAUUUAGCGAGAAUACCUUUUUCAUAGUCGCACCGGCCCCUGCUUUUCUGCCUCCCGAAAUACUCUAUCCUAAAUAGCCUCUGUAGCCCGCAAUUAAAACUGCAAGCUUCCUUCUGGAACUUCGGAGGAACUCAAUUUCUUGAAUGGAGGAACCAGACUACGUUUCCCGUAAGCACUUGCGGGAAACACUGCUCCCGCCGGGUGGGCUAUCAGCGGACGGUGGCCGGGAAAGGACAAUGGUUUCCAUGUCAGCGAAUAAACGCGCUUGCCUUAGCUCCUGGACGUGAGGGAGGAUGUAGUACUGAGUAUCUGCUGAAGAGCAAGCAAGCAACUAAGAGAGCUGGUGACCGAUAGCGCAAGAGCCAUGUCUGGCCGGGGCCUAGUGGGAGGGCCAGACUUUGAGCAUUUCAGGCGUCGCUUUUUCACGCCUGCCGAGGUCGCCCAACACAACCAGCCGGAGGACCUCUGGGUGUCUUACCUGGGAUUCGUGUACAACUUAACGCCUUUGGCAGAGAAGUACAAGGGAGACCUACUGCUGAAACCUAUCGUGGAGGUUGCUGGCCAGGACAUCAGCCACUGGUUUGAUCCAAAGACCAGGGACAUCCGCAAGUACAUAGAUCCGCUGACGGGUUCGCUGAGAUACCGCACUCCGCGGGGCCGCUUUCUGCACGUCCCGCCUGAGUUGCCGCGUUCGGACUGGGCCAAUGAUUUCGGGACACCCUGGUGGCAGGGAUUGGACUACGAGGUGGGCCAGCUCUCUGUCAAGACCCGGAACAUCCGCAUCAUUAACACGCUCACGUCGCAGGAGCACACACUAGAGGUGGGGGCUCUAGAAUCAAUGUGGGAAAUCCUACACCGCUAUCUCCCCUGUAAUGCACAUGCUGCCAGCUACACGUGGAAAUAUGAAGGGAAGAACCUGAACAUGGAUUAUACCCUGGAAGAGAAUGGGAUCCACGAUGAGGAGGAAGACUUUGACUUUCUCAAUAUGGACGGUACACUCUACACACCUGCAAUAUUGCUUUACUUCAAUGAUGACCUUACAGAGCUAUAGGAAAGGAGAUGUAUGCUCAUGUAGAUUCAAGAUCUGUUUUGAGUUUGGCUGUUUCUGUAUCCUGUAGGGAAAAGAUGGGAAUGGGUAAGGGGGGUGCCUAGACCUAGACCUUCAUUCCACUGGGAACUGGCCUGCAGUUCCCAUGCUUCGCUGAAGUGUAAGGCCCUGUUCCCCAGGUCCAUUUUAAUUGCUCUGAGAAAGUUAGGGAGAAUGCUAGAAGUGAGUGAAUUUUUAGGAAUGAUAUAGGAAAAUGAAGUAUCUUGGAUUAGAGAGAUAUAGAAGAUAUAGCUCAGGCAGAACUUUUUGAUAGUAAAAGAGAAACUCGGCACAGGCAUGAGGGAUAGAAGAAUCUUUUUAGUAAAGAUGGAAAUGGAAUGGCUGCAGGAAGAUGGGAUUUGCAAAGAAAGGAAUAGGAAAUGUCUGUUACUGGCCAUACAAAACUGACUUAAUUCCCUUUGAAUAAUAUCUGGCAACUAAAACCCAAGGGGAAGAAAAGAAGUGAAUGGUUACCAGGGAAAUCAGACUAGAUAUUAUGCUAUAUACUUUUUACAUCCUGUUUACUACAACUACCCCAUAGGAUGGAUACCAUUACCGCUAUUUUACAGAUAAGUCUUCUGAAGCUUGGCAAGAUUUAAUAGCACAAAGGCACACUAGCUAGUGAUUAAGUCUACCUAAUUCUAAAGUCCAUGUUCUUUUCAAUGUAAAGAGACUCUCUCAGUGUCUAAUCUCAUGCUAAGUAUUUGUAACCACUGCUGCUCAGAACAGAUGUUUGGGAUGUGGGUUUGCCCUGGCCUUGCUGCACAGUGGGAACCACAGGCCCUUUGUGUAGUCAAAUCAUUCUUUCUGCAGUUAUCAUCUGCAUAACUCCCUUCCAAAGGAAGGGAAGAGAGGUGGCAAGGAAGGCUAAGUGUUAGCUGAGCAAUAGAUAGUUGCUAUGUCUACUUCGUGGUUGAUUCCAUAGCAAAAUGUUUCUUCUGACUUUUUUGAGACAAAGAAGUGGGUGGGUAUUUACUGACUCCAGGAAAAACUAGGAUGAGGAGACAGCGUUAAGACUGGGACACUUGGGCGAGGGAGCAAAAAGAAAGCAAAUUGUACAGUAUAUUCAAGAUGAGCCAUGUCUCUUAGGGAAGGUAAGGAUGACAGGGUGACUUCGCAAGAUGGUGACUCUAUAUGAGGGGGCUUUACAGGGGUAAGGAGCCAAAUAAGUCAGAAAACUGGUGAUUAAAGAACCAUCAAUUUGGGGGUGGGGGCAGUGGCCAGGUGAUCCUCUUUAACUUAAACAUGGGAAGGCAAUGAAAAUAACUGGCAGAUAAACUUCCUGAUAGUAGCAGGCAAGAACAAAUUAGGCAGAGGUUAGGGCAUCUUCCUGGGAGGUGGUCCCUUUGUGACACUGGGUGGUCUGCAGAGAAGUUUUCUGAGGAGUUGACUAUGAAAGACAUGGACAAAGAUGGAGACAUCUAUAUUGGCUUCAGCAAUAUCACAUCUCACUUCUCAGAGCUUCCAAACAGUCCCACGUAAUGCAAAGGUCCAUGAAUUACCUGCAUCAUUUUGAUAUUUAAUUAUUUCAUGUGCAUCUUGUUUGCUCAGUUGAGCCCUAAAUGAUUUGAGAACCAAAGCUCUGCUAUUGCCAUAGUACCAGCCUCAUAGCCUGUGCCUAUGGGAUCUGCCCAGACCUGUCCUUUUCCCAGAAUCUCCUACAUUAGCACCUCUUGCCAGAAACAUACUCAUCUCCUUACACAUUCAACCACUCUUUAAGUAGCUUCUUUCUUUUAAAUAUCUCUGGAGCUUGUCUUCUUUUCUCUAAGCUGUCAUCACCUCUUGUCUAGACCUUUGUGGAAACUUCCUAAAUCCGUUCAUUUCCACUUCUGUCCAAACACAGCAGAGUGAGCUCUGAAAAAACAAAUCUCACUGACUUUCCUCCUUCAGAUUAUUCAGUGGCUUCCAGUCCUAAAUUCAGUCCUUGCAUACAUCAGCCUGUCUACCUUGCAUAUCUCAUCUUGCAUCACUCCUUUGUUACCUGUGUUCCAGCCCCCUAACUGGCUUUCAGUUUGUUAAAUGUUGUCUUACCUCAGAGCCAUAAAGACUGUUCUCUCUGCUUGCAACACCUAGCUCUUCCUCUGGGAGAUCUUUUCUGACUUCUUUGUGGUCAAAACUUUCAGUUAGUUAUAUUGUCACUUACAAACUUUCAAUUAUAUCAACACUGUAAAUAUUUGGGAGUAAUUAUAGUUUUUAAAUGAUGGAUGUAAUUAGUUGGCUGGCUUCUAGAUUGUAAGCUCAUGAGGGCAGAUGGUGUCCAACUUGUUCAUUGCUGUACUCCCAGUGUUGGGUGCAGGCACACAGUUGCUGCUCAAUAAAUUUUCACUGAAUGAAGUCAAUGUUAAGUGAAUUCAUCUAUCUAUAAAAACUAGUAGAUGGGAUGUUGU